GCCGCCGAUGGACCGAGGCAUAACAUUCCAUCAAAUCACCUGGAGGCGGAGAAUGUGAGGCCUGUUGCUAGGCUGGAUGUAUACCGUACCUACAUAUUUUUGUUCCUGUCUGUCUCCCCCAACCUUCCUCCCUCAAAUGUUGCACGCCACGAGCCCAGUUCGGCUUCAUUGGGUCCCACACGCUUCAUGUUAUUCCCUGUCUCUCCCUCUAACGGCUACUAAUACUACAGGCAAUUCUCUCGACAACGCCUCCUUCCAUCGCCAUGCUAUGUUGAUAUCCGCAUCCGGCUUACCUGCUUGCUAACCCGCAACUCCGUUGCCGCUGGUGCCUGUCAUCGCGUCUACGCCAGUGUUCGGACCCAUCCCUACCACCCGAGCUGUCUGCUUAUCCGCCAACAUGUCAUUCGACGGGUCCAACACCACGACGUUGAGCCCAACCUUCUCCGAGAGCUUCGGGUCGCAUGUCCUCUCCAAUUCCAUAUCAUCACUGACAUCCUCGCCCGCAUCCCGCCCCUCGCCGUCGAACAUCUCCAGGACCUACCGGCAGGCCGCCCAGUUAUUCCUCACGCGUCGACUGCCCGAGGCUCUGUCGACCGUUCUCCCCUUGAUAACCCCCUCGACCGAAAAUGCCGACGCUAAUGGCCUAACCGAACCCGCACCUGUCGCUCGAGCCUCGAGGUCGACAAGGAUCAAAGUGUGGAGUUUGUAUCUGACGGUCUUGAAUGCCAUACUGGAGCUGGAACCCGACGAGGGGAAGGAUGCUUUCGGCGCUCAGGAGUGGCGUGCGCUGGGCAAGAAGGUCCGGGAUGGCGAUGUCUGGGAAGAGGUUGUCCAGUCCGGAUAUCACGGUGUUGAGGGAGAAGUCGAUGCCGACGUGGUCAUAAAUUUAGCAACUCUCCUCCUCUCGCAUGCCAAGUCGCAGGUAGAGAACCAGAGACGGCUAGAGAAUUACCUAGCCGCAACGAACACGCCAAACCUUGAUAUAUCUAAGCAGCUCGAGUCGAGCAGCACCUCGAGAUUGCCGUCAACGUCGAGACAUCGAAGAUCGACAUCCAAGGGGGCUAAUGGUGCGGAUACACCCCGUGAUCUUGGUGCUCGGGUAAAGAUCUUGGAGUUAUAUACUCUGCACGUCUUAUUACGCAAUAACGAGUGGGACUAUGCUCGGGAAUUUAUCAGCAUCAACACGGUAUUAGACGAGGAACGGAAGGACGCCUUCUUACAAGCUCUCCAAAGUCUCCAGGAGGAGCAGCAGGAGGCAGAACGGACAGAGCUUGAGGAGAAGAAAAGUCAGGAAGAACAACUUCAACGCGAUUUAGAAGAGGCGAGGAGGCUGAGGGCAGAGAACGAAGCUAGGGAACGGCGACGGCUGGAUGAAGAGAGAGCCAAGCGAAAGGGCAACGAGGUCGACUACGGCAUCGAGGACACGCCGGCUUCCUCUGUACGCAGGAAUAAACCUCGGCAAGCCACGAAUGGCUCGGCGUUAUCGAGGUCGACCAAAGCACAUGCAUCCCAAGGAAAGAAGACGGCGGCAGCGCCGAGUCUCGGAGCACGAGCAGUGGCUGUGAUAAUGAACCUUCGCAAGGUCGUCGACCAGAUGGGGGCUUCCUUCAAAGCGAACCCAAGGCUCCUCAUGAGAUUUUUGGCUUUUAUCGUCGGCGUGCUCGUCAUUCUUAGCAAGAGAAGCAUGCGGGAGCGAGUUCAACGCAUCCUGGGGGCGGGCUGGAACAAGGUCAAGUCGACUGCGGGUAUGGGCGUCAAGGUCAGUUAUAUAUAGUUGGGGGCAGGCGGGCAGGAAUUCGAGACUAUAAAUACUGUGUAUCAUUGUGGGCAGUGUAAUUUUUAACAAGACCUGAGAGUAACGACUAGCAUCCUUUACGUAGCAUAUCGCAUUAGGUCAUAAGGUGUUCUAAUAAGGAAUCAACACA